CCAGUUGGUUAAAGAAAGCGCGUGAUCUAAUCUAAUCUCCUUCAGAGUGAUAUCGAUAUAUAUAUAUUACUCCACCACUGUCGGUGACUGUGCUUCACCGCUCAAAUCUCGCUCUAUUUUCCUCCAUUUCUGACUAAAUUUUUCUCCGUUCAAGUCCAUCCUACACUGCUGCUAUCUCAAUUCGGCACAUUGAGAAAUGAGUUUGAGCAAUGGUAAAAAUGAAGCACCGGUAUUCGGAAGUAAUGGGUUAGACGGUGAGAUUGUGAACGAUGAGAGUAAGUUGUUCAAGAUCUUCGUUGGGUAUGACCCGAGUGAAGAUCUUGCCUUUGAGGUAUGUCGGCACUCCAUCUUGAAAAGGUCUUCAAUUCCCGUUGAGAUCAUACCGAUUAAGCAGUCAGAUCUGAGAAAGAGUGGUUUGUAUUGGCGUGAGAGGGGUCAGUUUGAGAGUACCGAGUUUUCCUUUUCCAGGUUCUUGACACCUUGCCUUGCCAAUUAUCAAGGUUGGGCUAUGUUUGUGGAUUGUGAUUUUCUCUACUUGGCUGAUAUCAAGGAACUGAGAGACUUGAUUGAGGACAAGUAUGCUAUCAUGUGUGUUCAGCAUGACUAUGCUCCAAAGGAGACUACUAAGAUGGAUGGGGCAGUGCAAACUGUGUACCCAAGAAAGAAUUGGUCUUCAAUGGUUCUUUAUAACUGUGGUCAUCCAAAGAACCGUGUUCUAACUCCCGAGACUGUCAACACACAGACUGGUGCUUUUCUUCACAGGUUUCAAUGGCUAGAGGAUGAUGAAAUUGGAUCCAUUCCUUUUGUUUGGAAUUUUCUUGAGGGACAUAACAAGGUUGUUGAAAACGAUCCUCUUACUUUGCCCAAGGCCAUUCAUUAUACUCGUGGAGGGCCAUGGUUUGAAGCUUGGAAAAACUGUGAAUUUGCUGAUCUAUGGGUCAAUGAAAUGGAAGAUUACCGCACUCAAGUUAAGAAAGAAUCUGCCAAUUAGAAUCAAUCAGCUUAACCUUGUUAUUUAUUGAGCAUCAGUUAUAGUCAUGUAUUAUUCUUUUAUGUCAAAUUCGUUCUGAAAAAUCCGAAUCUGGUGAUUCAUGUUUA